AAGACAAAAGGAGAGGUCUGAAAUAAAUAUAUUAAUGUAAACAGUUUCCUGGCCUUAGUAAAUGUAAGUAUUUUGGUUAAAAAUAGCUUAGCUGAGUCUACUUUCAGUGGCAUAUUCUUACUUAUAUAUAUCCUAGAAAACGUUAAGGUUAGAUGAACCUUAGAGAAUAAUCAUUGUUAUGAAGCAAAGAUCUGAAGAGAAUAAGCACUUUUGUAAAGAUACUGUUCAUACCUUAUGUCUACCUUUGGGCUACAGGUAGAUGGCUUUUUUCACUGGGUGAAAAAGCUUAGGCAUUCACUUCACUCUUUCCACUUAUUUGAGGAAGAAAAUUUGAAUAAAACUAAGUUGUCACAUCCACUAUAGUCUAGUCUUAAUAGUGGUGGUUUUGGAAACUCUAUAUACCCAUUAGAUGUCAAAACAUAUGACUAAACAGGAAUAUCAGAUACAAAUGAUUUUCUAUCCAAUUUUUGAUAAUUGCAUAAGAAUGAGCAGAUAGGACACAGUUAGUUUGUCAACUACACUAAUAGAAGACUUACACAAUAUGUAAUGAAUCUCAAUAGUUUAGAGUUAAUCUGGAAUCUGGAUUGUUUAUAUGUAAAACCUGAAUCUUUCUUCACCAAAUGAAUUGGGUCCUAAGUAAAAAUACGAACACCCAACUUUCAAUUCUAUGUCAACAACAUGGUCAAGGUCUUUUAUUUGGGUAUUUCAAAUCUCUUCAGAAAAGCAUAAUGCACACAUUAUUAUUUGAGCAAUAUUUUUCAACUUGGCAAAGUACACACAAUUUUUAAUACAUUUGAGAAUGUCAGAGAAACAUCUGUCAGUAUACUUUCUGGGAGUUAAAAAAUAUGAAAAUCUACUUCUUUGAUGCUUUUCCAAGGUCAUUCAUAUCUUUCCAACAAUGUCCAUUCACAGUCUGACCUGGAGAUGAAAUUGAAAUAAGAACAUUUACUCACACCUCCUACUGACCUUACCUCAUAUUAACCAGGAGGCUUUCUAUCCAAUAUCAUCUCUAUUGGCUUUGUGUCCUCUGAAAUAUUUCAAACUGCUAAAUCUUAAAAUGUACAAAAAAAUCACAUUGCCAAAGAGUUGUUUCACUGAUUAAAGAACAAAACGCAAAAGCAAUAAUUAGUUUCACUCUCUUGACAGUCUCUAUGAUUUCCUCUGUUUUUUCCUCCUUUAGACAACUGCUGGUGAAUUCAUACAAAUGGACAUCCUAAAUAAGAACUCAACUGUUUCUGAGUUCAUCCUCCUAGGACUUUCUAGUUCUCAAGAAAUUCAAAUAAUCUUUUUUGGAAUCUUCUUUCUGGUCUAUGCAGCCAUCGUAGUGGGAAACCUCCUCAUUGUGAUUUCUGUGCUAGUUGAUAACCAUCUUCAUUCGCCCAUGUAUUUCCUCCUGGCAAAUUUAUCAUUUUUUGACUUAUGUCUUUCCUCUGUGGCUACUCCCAAAGUGAUUGCAGAUUUCCUUAGGAAACAGAAGUCCAUCUCCUUCUGGGGCUGCAUGGCCCAGAUGUUUUUUAUGCACUUCUUUGGAGGUGGCGAGAUGUCUCUCCUGAUAGCUAUGGCCAUUGACAGGUAUGUUGCCAUAUGCAAGCCCUUGCACUACAAGAUCAUCAUGAACCACAGGAUGCUCAUUUUGUUUCUGUUGCUUUCAUGGACAACUGGGUUUGUACACACCACAAGCCAAAUGGUUUUUACAGUAGGUUUACCUUUCUGUGGUCCCAAUGUUGUGGACAGCAUUUUCUGUGACCUCCCCCUGGUCAUCAAGCUCGCCUGCACUGAAACCUAUAUCCUGGAGCUGUUGGUGAUUGCAGACAGUGGGCUCCUGUCCCUAAUCUGCUUUGUUCUGUUGCUGAUGUCCUACAUCAUCAUGCUGGUCACCAUCUGGCAUCACUCCUCCAGUGCAUCUUCCAAGGCUGUGUCCACUCUCUCUGCCCACAUCACUGUAGUCACCCUCUUCUUUGGCCCAGCUAUCUUCAUUUAUGCUUUUCCAUUCAACAGUUAUUCUGUAGAUAAGUUUCUUUCUGUUUUUUACUCUAUAAUCACCCCCCUCCUUAAUCCAAUUAUUUAUACUCUAAGGAAUCAGGAAAUGAAGGCGGCCAUUAAGAGACUCAGCAGCCAGCAUUUUGGUUCCAGGAUGGCCCUUUAAACACGGUUUAUAAUGUUUGUAAUCUCAGAUUUUUUGUUUGUG